GUUUCUUUCAGGUAGAGAUAGAUAAGCAGAUAGCUCAUCAAGAUAUUUUACUCCUUGCACCCUUAAAAGUUCAAUAUUCUCAAGUCAUUUCUCCACAUUGCUUGGUAGACUCUGGUGAUGCAAUCCAAGGUUUGAGUAGCUGAUCCUCGGAUUCAUUUGGGUGCAUAAUAUUUUGUUGGCAAUGGCUGAUAAAGUCAAUUUCGUAGUGGGAUCCCAUGUUUGGGUAGAGGACCCUGAGUUAGCUUGGAUAAAUGGAGAAAUCCAGGAAUCUAACAAAGACGAGGUCACGAUCCUCUUUGAAUCGGGCACGAGGGUUGUGAGAAAAUCCGCUAACAUGUAUCCCAAAGAUCCAGAAUUCCCACCUGCUGGUGUGGAAGAUAUGACAAGACUGGCAUAUCUGCACGAACCAGGAGUUCUUCAGAAUUUGCAAAUUCGAUAUUCCAUAAAUGAGAUUUAUACAUACACGGGAAGUAUACUGAUAGCUGUAAACCCUUUUCAAAAGUUACCUCAUUUGACUGAAACUAGUACCAUGGCAAAGUAUAAAGGUGCGGCUUUUGGUGAGCAGAGCCCGCAUCCUUUUGCAAUUGCAAGUUCUGCAUAUAGCAAGAUGAUAAACGAAAAAAGAAGCCAAUCUAUUUUGGUUAGUGGAGAAAGUGGAGCUGGCAAGACAGAGAGUACAAAGAUGCUUAUGCAUUAUCUUGCUUUUUUGGGAGGGAGAGCAGCAACUGAAGGACGGUCGGUGGAGCAACAAGUUCUCGAGUCCAAUCCAGUUUUAGAAGCAUUUGGCAAUGCAAAGACAGUUAGGAAUAAUAAUUCUAGUCGUUUUGGUAAGUUUGUGGAGAUUCAGUUUGAUCAAAAGGGGAGAAUUUCAGGAGCUGCUAUCAGAACAUAUUUGCUGGAACGAUCCCGUGUUUGUCAAGUUUCUGAUCCUGAGAGAAACUAUCAUUGCUUUUAUAUGUUGUGUGCUGCACCGAAAGAGGAAUCUGGUAAGUACAAAGUGGGGGAUCCAAGAAAAUUCCAUUACCUUAAUCAAUCAAAUUGCAUUGAGCUGGAUGGGUUGGAUGAUUCUAAGGAGUACCUUGCAACUAAGAGAGCUAUGGAGGUUGUUGGGAUCAGCUCUGAGGAGCAGGAUGCUAUAUUUCGAGUAGUAGCUGCAAUACUUCAUUUAGGAAACAUUGAUUUUGUUAAGGGAGCGGAAGAGGUGUUUGAUUCCUGCCAGCCCAAGGAUGAAAAAUCCUAUUUCCACCUAAAAACCGCAGCUGAGCUUUUGAUGUGUGAUGAGAAGUCCCUUGAAGAGUCUUUCUGCAAACGUAUUAUAGUGACUCAUGGCGACACCAUAACAAAAUCACUUGAUCCAAAUUCUGCAGCUCUCAGAAGAGAUUCAUUGGCUAAAAUAAUUUAUUCAAGGCUUUUUGACUGGAUUAUGUGUAAGAUAAACAACACUAUUGGGCAAGAUCCAAAGUCAAAUAGUUUGAUUGGAGUUCUAGAUAUAUAUGGAUUUGAGAGUUUCAAAACCAACAGCUUUGAGCAAUUCUGUAUCAAUUUGGCAAAUGAGAAAUUACAGCAACAUUUCAAUCAGCAUAUCUUCAAAAUGGAGCAAGAGGAAUAUAAAAGGGAAGAGAUUGAUUGGAGUUAUAUUGAUUUCGUGGAUAAUCAAGAUGUCAUUGAUCUCAUAGAGAAGAAACCAGUUGGAAUUAUUGCUCUCCUGGAUGAGGCCUGUAUGUUUCCAAGAUCAACGCACGAAACAUUUGCUGAAAAGCUGUACCAAACCUUCAAAGGCAACAAACGGUUCAACAAGCCAAAAUUCUCUCGCACUGACUUCACCAUUAAGCAUUAUGCUGGUGAUGUCACUUAUCAAACUGACCUUUUCCUGGAUAAAAAUAAAGACUACGCUAUUCCAGAGCAUGCUUCUAUACUCAAUGCCUCCAAGUGCUCCUUUGUUUCAGGGUUGUUCCCACCUUUACAUGAGGAUGCUACAAAAUCGAAAAAGUUCUCUUCAGUUGCCACUCAGUUUAAGGCGUUUUGUUUUGCCAAGUAUAUAAAUGCAAAUUAUCUCUGCCUUGUAUUUAUCUGCAUUAUGGUUAAUGCACGUAUUACAAAGCUGCAACUGCAAUCUUUGCUUCAAACACUUAAUGCUACCGAGCCACACUACAUUCGUUGUGUAAAGCCAAAUCAUCUUCUGAAGCCAAGGAUAUUCGGGAACAAAAUUGUGUUGCAGCAGCUUCGAUGUGGAGGAGUAAUGGAGGCAAUUCGGAUAAGUUGUGCUGGAUAUCCCACUAGAAAGAAAUUUGAUGAAUUUGUUCAGAGGUUUAGCAUCCUGGCACCUGAGGUUCUGAAAGAAUGCCCUGAUAAGAAGACUGCUUGCAAGAGGCUUCUAGAUAGAGUGAAUCUUAAAGAUUAUCAGAUUGGAAAGACAAAAGUGUUUCUGAGAGCAAGUCAAAUGGCAGAACUGGAUGCAUGUCGUGCAGAGGACCUGGGAAGAUAUGCAAGUGUCAUUCAGAGCAAAGUCCGCACGUUUCUCUGUCAGAAACAGUUCAUCUCAUUGCUGUUGUCUGCCAUAGGACUUCAAAGGGUUGCGAAAGGACAACUCGCACGACAUCAGUAUGAAUGCAUGAGGAGGGAAGCAGCUUCUUUGAAAAUUCAGAAAGAUUUUCUAAUGCAUAUUUCCAGAAAAGCUUACAAAAAUAUUUAUGACUCAGCUAUUUAUAUUCAAAUUGGUUUGAGGGGGAUGGUUGCUAGAAAUGACCUGAGAUUCAGAAAACGAUCACAUGCUGCAGCUGUUAUUCAGGGUCUAUAUAGAGGUUAUACUGUUCGUACUUAUUUCCGGAGGUUAAAGAAAGCAACAAUUUUCGCAGUGUGUUCCUGGAAGAGAACAGUGGCUCGGAGAGAACUUCGAAAGCUUAAAAUGGCUGCCAAAAACACAAAGGCACUUGAAGCUGCAAAAAAUAAUCUGGCAAAGCAAGUCAAAGAUUUAAUUUCGUCUCUAGAGGAUGAGAAGAGAAUGAGGCUACGACACAAGAAAAUGAAAAACUACAACAUGCUUUGCAAGAGAAAGAGGUUCAGUUGGAAGCCAAGACACAAGAAAUUGAAAAACUAAAGCAUGCUUUGCAAGAGAAGGAGGUUCAAUUCCAUGAAAUAAAGGAAGCCAAGGAAAAGGAAACUGAAAAACUGCAGCUUGAUUUGCAAGAGAUGGAGUUUCAGUUCCAAGAAACUAAAGCAGUGCUCACC